AUGACCCAGAAUCUACGUCUCAACACUACCAGGGAAGACCUUAACUCUUUCAAUUUUUCAAGAAUACAGGAAAACCCUUUGACCCUCCACAAUAUCACCUAUGUUGAUUUCUACCUCCACAAACCCUCUGUGGCUGCAGUCUUCACUGUUUCCUAUCUGCUCAUCUUCCUGGUGUGCAUGGUGGGUAACGGAGUGGUGUGUUUCAUUGUGCUACGCAGCAAAAACAUGCGCACGGUCACCAACCUGUUCAUUCUCAACCUGGCCAUCAGUGACCUGCUGGUUGGUAUCUUUUGUAUGCCAACCACACUAGUGGACAACAUAAUUACAGGAUGGCCAUUUGGCAGUGUAGUGUGUAAACUAAGUGGAAUGGUUCAGGGGAUAUCCGUGUCAGCCUCUGUGUUCACUCUAGUGGCAAUAGCUGUUGACAGGUUCCGCUGCAUUGUCUACCCUUUCAAGCAGAAACUGACCAUUGCCACCUUAAAGCUAAUCAUCGUUGUCAUAUGGGUCUUGGCUGUGUCCAUUAUGUGCCCCUCGGGGGUCAUGCUCCAGGUCACGAAGGAGCAGAGCGUGAGAAUAGUCGUUGGCCGCAACAAUGACACCCGCCCCUUCUACUGGUGCAGAGAAAACUGGCCCAAUCAGGAGAUGCGAAAAAUCUACACCACUGUCCUCUUUGCUAACAUCUACCUCGCUCCUCUCAGCCUUAUCGUCAUCAUGUACGCCCGCAUCGGCUUCACCCUCUCCAAGACCAACAUUCCUCCAAUGAGAGGCAGUGGAACUGCAUCUGAGGAAGGGCUUGGCAACAGCAAGCUGAGCAUGGAGGGCCGUCACACGAUUUCAAAGAAGAAGACUCGGGUGAUAAUGAUGCUGCUGGUUGUAGCUCUGCUCUUCAUCUUAUCCUGGCUUCCUCUAUGGACACUGAUGAUGCUGAGCGACUAUGCCAGCCUGACAGAGCACCAGCAUCGUGUCAUUAACAUCUACGUGUAUCCCUUAGCUCACUGGUUGGCCUUCUUCAAUAGCAGCGUCAACCCCAUCAUCUAUGGGUUCUUCAAUGAGAACUUUCGCAGAGGUUUUCAGGCUGCUUUCAAGUUCAAGCUGUGCACUGCUGACUUUGAGCGCCAGAAGACCCACUCCCAUCGUAUUCGGGGCCACGCUGUGCUCCCAGUCCAGCCUGCUGCUCUCACUGGGCCAGGCUCAGGAGUCAGAUCAGGGUUAGUGGAGAAUGGGAAGUGCUCAUGUAAGGAAGGAGAUAUCAAAGAACAGGACCUGAUCAUGGAGGACCUUGAGAAGGUGUCCCAGAUUUAGACAGACUAAGACUAUAUUAGAACCUGAGGCUUCUGGAGAAUAACGUAUUUGCAUCUCAGUGACAAUGAAAAACAUACCUCAGAAAUACAUAAUUAAAGUCCACCUAUAUUUGUUGAAAAUGUAUCUGCAAGCUCUGCAACAACUAUCGUCAUAAAUCAUUUUA